UUCUUCUACUUCUUCUUCUUCUUCAUUUCGAAAUCACCAAAGUUUCGAUUUUUAACAAUACAUUUGUGUUUUUUCUUCAGAUUUGGAAGAUGACACUAGGGUUGUUAUUGGGUAUUGGGAGAUCAUUCCGAAGAAAGCGAGCUUCGUCGCUUGACAUUCUCUCUCCCAAACGAGCUCCUCGAGACUUUUACAAGGGGAAAAACUGUAAACCUUCUGGUUUCCACACUCGUAAAGGAGGAUAUGUUGUGCAGCCAGAUAAGUUGCCAAACUAUGUUGUCCCUGAUCUGACCGGCUUUAAGCUGAAACCAUAUGUCUCUCAAUGCCCUGUAAACGUCAACAAAACAAACGAGUCAACUGAAGCUUCCAAGUGAAAAGUCCGAAGGAAUAUGUGUUUUAAGUCUUCAUUAGCUUCACUUCAAGGACUAUGUUUUUACUUUUUACUAUGAUCCUUAUUACUCGUUUUUGUUAAUCAAAAACCACUAGCAAGUUGUUGCGACACUGAGUUAAUAAAGAUAGAAGCUUUGAAUUGAAAUCCAA